UGAAUGUUUGUUGCUAUGCAUAUUUGCCAACAUAUUUUAAAAAUAUUUAUUAACACACUCGUUUUUAAAUAUUUGGGAUCAGCAACGAUUCUCUUCAUAUUACAACCUACUUACUACGUUUAAUACAACAUUACUAAAUUGUCAAGAAAUGACGCGGUUCAGCGAACGUAGUCGUCUCCGUUUUUCCAUCGAACAAGACAUGCAACUCCUCCAGGAAGUAUUGAAACAAAAUCCCUUCGAGAAUGUGGACAAAUGGAAGGAUAUUCAUGAAAAUUUUGUAAAUGAAUGCAACAUUCCCUUUUCGUUGCGGACUUGCAAGGAUCAUGCAAAUCAUCUGAUUAAUUUGCAUUUACGAGGCAAUUUGAAAAUGCGGCCCAGAGAGAUGCCAGAAGAUUUUGAAAAGAAAAAGGAAGUUAUAAAUGAAAUCAUUGGGUUGAGAAAUCAAAUAUCUGAUAUUCAACCAAAGAGGCCUCGAAGACAGUCAGGAGGAUGGGAUGGUACAAAUAGUAAUGAAACCAUUUACAUCAAACAAGAAGGGAAAGCAAAUCAAGUAAAACAAGAAGAUAGUGAUGAUGACUUCUAUUGGGAAGAAGAAAAUGAAAGAGACAAACAGCAAAAAGAAAGGGAAGCGAAUGAUGUUGAUGGAAAACUUAGGAAGAGAGAACUUGCACUGGAUGAAAGAGAGAUAACCCUUAGAGAAAACCAGCUUAAGCUAGAAGAGGAAAGACUUGAACUAGAUAAGCUGGAAAAAAGCAGAAGAACUGAAUUAGAGGAGGCGGAAAGGGAAGCAUUUAGGAUAGUGGCAACACAAAAUCAGAGUAUUAUAACCAGUCUGAUGGAUAGUUAUAAUAGGAGGAAUGGUGGGAGCAAUUUGUGUAUUUUAUAGUUAAGAAAGUUGUUUUAUUUGAUUUAUGACAAUUUGAUAUAUUAAAUUUAGGUUUUAAUAAAUAAUACAAUGUAAGUAGAAAGAUCAAUUUUUUAAUUAAGUGAUUUAAAAUGUUUUAUUUAGAUUUUCUGAUACAUAUACAGGGUGGUCUAAGCAGAUCUUAAAACUACCAAUUGUUCUAAGAUAGGUAGGGAUUUGUAGAUGUUUAUGCUAAAAGAUACACUGUAUAAACAUUGAAUAAUUUAAGGUUAUACAUUUAUGAUAAAAUAAAUUAUAAAAGUGCAAUGUGCUUGAAAGUUAUGUUAUAAAUUAAUACAUACACAUUUUUAUUUAUACAAUUAAA